UCCAUUACUGUCAAACAAAACAAGAAAUUUUGUCUGACGUUUCUCCCAAAAGAAACACAAGAUCCAUAGAAUUUCCUUAGAAUUUCAUUUCUACCAUUAGACGCUUAAAUCUUAUGUAGCGAAGCCCUUUCGUAUGUUCUGGAUCAUUUCCAGACACCCACACAUAAUUUGCACUGAUUAUAUUUACAUCUUUGUUAGGUGUUUGUUUCCCGAGCAAAAAAUGGCAGGUUCUAGUGACCACCACUAUCGCAACGAUACCAGCAGCGAUACGGAAGAUUACAGCGAAGACAGGAGAAGAAAAGUGUACAAUAAAAAUCGCAUGAGGCAAUUCAUCAAAGUAAUAACAGUGCCAAACAAGGUUUCUCAGAUGGGACCCAGUAGUACUCUGUCACAGUCUUCCCCGUUACAGGCUGGCGCUUGUGCUUUGAAUGAGGACCGAGUUACAUUAGUCGUGGAUAGUACCCGAUUUGUUGUGGAUCCUGCUUUGUUUAUUGCACAUCCUAAUACUAUGUUAGGACGAAUGUUUAGUUCAUCAUUGGAUACUCACCCAAACGACCGGGGGGAAUUCGAGGUGGCCGACGGCAUAUCUGCCUCGGUAUUCCGCGCCAUUUUAGAAUACUACAAAGGCGGAGUGAUUAAGUGUCCCCCAUCUAUAUCGGUACAAGAAUUGAGGGAAGCUUGCGACUACUUACUUGUACCAUUUGAUGCUUCUACUGUUAGAUGCCAAAAUUUAAGAGGUUUAUUACACGAGCUAUCAAACGAAGGGGCUCGUUGCCAAUUCGAGUUAUUCCUAGAAGAACUCAUUUUGCCCCUGAUGGUUAACUCUGCCCAACGUGGAGAUCGAGAAUGUCAUAUAGUGGUUCUCUUGGACGAUGAUACAGUGGACUGGGACGAAGAGUACCCUCCGCAAAUGGGGGAGGAGUAUAGUCAAACGGUUAACAGCACUGCCAUGUACCGAUUUUUUAAAUAUAUCGAAAAUCGUGAUGUGGCCAAGCAAGUUUUAAAAGAUAGAGGACUAAAGAAAAUCAGACUUGGAAUUGAAGGUUAUCCGACUUACAAGGAGAAAGUGAAGAAAAGACCGGGCGGACGCGCCGAAGUUAUUUACAACUACGUGCAGAGACCGUUCAUCCACAUGUCGUGGGAGAAGGAGGAAGCGAAAAGUAGACACGUCGACUUUCAAUGCGUCAAAUCGAAAAGCGUCACCAAUUUGGCCGAAGCGACCGCGGAUCCCGCUUUAGAACUUGACGCGAGAGGUAAUCCAAUUGUAAGCGUCACUAUUGGAGAUGCAGCACCCAACGACAUACAGCCCCUAGAUAACGAAGAGGGGGCAGUAGGCGGAAUUCCCGAUUUGUAUCCUUCAAACAACAUGCUUAACGAUGCACACAACAUUAUUUAAACAUUUUUGUUUUAUUACACGAACGGUAAAGUAAAUUUAAAUGCCCACAAGACUAUUUUAAGUGACCUUUUGUGGUGAAUUUAAGACAAACAGAUUCUAUAUAUUCUGAACCAAUAUUUAAUACUCCCUUAUUGUUAUUAAAUAUAACCCAUAUGGACUGAAAUAUUUGUAAUUCCUUUUGCACAUUAUUAGUUCUAAUUGUAUCAUGCUCACUGCGGAUCUUUUCUAAAUUAGGAUACUAUUAGGUAGAAUUGUUUUUUUUUUACUGAAUUUUCCUAUAAGAAAUACCUCUUCAACUGACUGUUUUUUUUUUUUUUGCUUAAAAUUAUGGCUGUGUUUUAAGUGCUCAAGUUCAGCAUAAUAUUUCAUUUAGGUACAUUCCUUCAUUGAAACCAAACAGUUUCUGGCCAAAAAACAAUGUUCGCUUUAAUAAUUUAUUUAAAAAAAAUUAAACCAUUUAUCGUGUAUCUUUAGGAUUUUCUAUGUAAUUUUUAUUGGGUGUUAUAAGUAAAUAUAUUACUCUGCGUUUAA